GACUUCUAUCCUCUGUGUGCCCUCUCUUACCUCCCCAAAACACUCCUGCUGGUGCUUUCGCCACCUAGUUUAUCGGCCUUCUGCUCGAUAAACUUUCCGACCAGCAAGGAACGUCCCGCUUGUGGCCACUACCCCCAACCACCACCACUCUCUCUCUAUCUCUUGAUGGCGAAUCUCCUGAGCCAUCACCGCCGCCAUGAUCCGGCAUUAGGCGAGAUCCCCGUGCCCCACGGCCCAGAGACAGGCCAGGAGCACGACGACUACCCCAUGAACGACGGCACCACCGACGAAGAGCGCCAGAUCUUCAGCUACCUGACGCACCCGGACGACUGCUUCACAAAGGAUGGCGUCUACUGGGCGGACCUCCCGCUGCGGAAGCGCAUCACCUUUGUCAACCGGGUACACAAUGAGGAGGCCCUGAAGGAGCUCAAGACGAUCGGCCAGAUGGCCAAAAAGGACCCGCUGAGCCCCAUCAGCUGGUACUUCCGAAACGCCGUCCUGCCCGGCGCGGGGCUCGGGCUCGAGGGCUACGUGCUCUUCAGCAUCGGCAACCUGGAGCCGCUGUUCAGCGCCACCUGGCCGCAGUGCUGGGGAAAGAACGCCACCGAGUGCAGCCGGAACUGGAUCGCGAGCGUGACCUACCUCGAGGUCAUUGGCAUCAUGGUCGGCCAGAUGGGCGUCGGAAUCAUCGGCGACUGGAUCGGCCGCCGGUGGGGGCUGAUCCAGGACGCCGCCAUCAUGUUCGUCGGCCUGCUCAUGCUGACUGCCAGCUGGGGCUUGAACUUGCAGGGAUGGGUCAUAUGCUAUGCGUGGUCACUGUUCUUCUAUGGCUUCGGUGUUGGAGGCGAGUAUCCCAUCACGGCCACCUCGUCCAUGGAGAACGCCGUCAGCGCUGGCAAGUUGUCAACACGCGACGACCGGCUGCACCGCGGACGGAAGGUCACCAUGGCCUUCCUGAUGCAGGGCUGGGGCCAGCUGAUCAACCAGGCCAUUCUCAUUGUGCUGCUGCUCAUCUUCCACCACGGCAGCGGUGAUCCGCCCUAUAGCGUCAAGGCGGUGCAGUGGACGUUCCGCCUCUCGUUCGCGCUCCCCGCCAUCGGCACGCUGUGGCUGGUGUACUACCGCAUCUACAAGAUGCCGCACGCCAGCCGGCAGCUCGACGCGGCCAAGCGCAAGAGCAACGUGACGGGCUACGACGUGUCGUCGCUCAAGACGGCCUGCCGGCACUUUGGCGGGCGCCUGCUGGCGACGGCGGGGACCUGGUUCUGCAACGACGUCUUCUUCUACGGCAACAAGCUCUUCCAGGGCCAGUUCAUCGGCGUCAUCUCCAACAACCCCCAAAGCGUCAUGGAGACGUGGGUGUGGAACCUGAUCAACGUCGUCGUCUCCAUGGCGGGCUACUAUCUGGCCAGCCUGCUAAUCGACCACAAGCUAUACGGCCGCAAGAUGAUGCAGCAGGUCGGCUUUUUCAUGUGCUUCAUCAUGUUCGUCGUGCCGGCCUUCAACUACUACUACUACACCCAGCCCAUGGGCAUCCACUCGUUCCAGGCCAUGUACUUCCUCAGCAGCUUCUUCAACCAGUUCGGCCCCAACAGCGUCACCUUCCUCGUGGCCGGCGAGGUGUUCCCCACGCCCAUCCGCGCCAGCGCCCACGGCUUCUCGGCCUGCAUCGGCAAGGCCGGCGCCCUGCUGGCCAGCGUGCUGUACAACUACAUCGACACCCAGACAAAGUUCUACGUCGUGCCCUGGUUCGGCCUGCUCGGCAUGCUGUUGACCUUCCUCUUCCUGCCCGACACGACGGGGCUCGACCUCAAGGAGCAGGAGCGCCGGUGGUCGUACAUCCGCGACGGCCGCGCUGACGAGUACCAUGGCGUCGCCGUCCACCCGGCCCACCUGAGCCUGUGGGAGCGUCUGCGCGGCGAUGCCCGCGCCUACAACCCGGAGCUGGACACAAAGUCCAAGAUCGAGGACUUCAGGCGCGAGUGGCAGGAGAAGGAGAACGAGAAGAGGGAGCUCGAGGUCAGCGGCAACCACGGCCUGCUGUCGCAGCUGGAGAGCGACGACGACUUCAACGAGCAUGUGCACGGCUACUUCCGCGGCACGGGGGAGAAGGGCGAGAAGGGGGAGAAGCCGGACAUGAGCCCGGAGAAGGGGAAGGGGAAGGAGACUGGCGUCCUGGUCGGGGAGAAGACCCCUCAGUCCGGGGAGAGCAGCAGCAGCGGCGCAAGUGCAUACUAGUAUAGAAUCAGCUGGGCGCUGGCAAGGGAGAUAGAUGUUGGGUUCGGGAUUUUCUUUUUUGUUUUUCCUUUUGGCAUGGAGCCUGAAGCUGGCAAGUGGCCAGCAUUAGGGCUUCUUCACGAAU